CUGCGCGCUUCAGCCCGGCCCGGCUCGGCUCGGCUCGGCUCGGUUCGGCUCGGUUCGGCUCGGUUCGGCUCGGCGGGGUCCGGCCAAUAAUGGCGGCGUCCGUUUUUUGCUGCCUCCGUUGGUGCCGGGAUGGCGGUGCUGGUCACAUUCCGCUGAAGGAGAUGCCGGCUGUGCAGCUGGACACGCAGCGUAUGGGAACAGAUGUCGUCAUUGUUAAAAAUGGCAGAAGGAUAUGUGGCACAGGAGGCUGCCUCGCCAACGCACCCCUACAUCAGAACAAGAGCUAUUUUGAGUUCAAAAUCCAGUCCACAGGCAUUUGGGGUAUCGGAGUUGCAACCCAGAAAGCAAACUUGAAUCAAAUUCCACUUGGCCGGGAUGUCCAUAGCCUGGUGAUGAGGAAUGAUGGAGCUCUGUAUUACAACAACGAGGAGAAAAACAGACUACCAGCCAACAGCUUGCCACAGGAGGGCGAUGUGGUGGGCAUCACAUAUGACCAUGUAGAACUAAAUGUAUAUUUAAAUGGGAAGAACAUGCACUGUCCAGCUUCAGGUAUCCGAGGGACUGUCUAUCCAGUUGUCUAUGUUGAUGACAGCGCCAUUCUGGAUUGUCAGUUCAGUGAAUUUUAUCAUACACCUCCACCAGGCUUUGAAAAGAUCCUCUUCGAACAGCAAAUCUUCUGAAUGUCAACGAGAUACUUUAGUAUUUGUAGCCUGUGUUGGACUGAAGAAAACCUGCUGGUCUGACUGCCUGCAUGAGUCAGCAGAAGUGCUGCUUAUCUCCCAUGCGGUCCAAGUGUCUGACACUUCCAGGGAAGAGGAAUAGUUGCUCAGACAAUGGAAUUUCCUUUGCUGCAGUCGAGAGGUGGGCUGGGGAUUAAAUGAGAUCAGAAGGAGGUUCUCAUGGGGAACGGCCUGCUAAAAUGCCAGAAAUUCCAUGUGACGAGAAGUGCAUAAAUAAACCUAGUGCCACUUUUUCCCUUAUUCCAGAACCUGUCAAGAAAAAAGAAUUGCAUCGUUGUGUGUAUGUAUUUAAUACCGGGAGAGCAAAAAUAGAAACCAAGUUGCAUCUGUGGAAAGCGCUGGCACAUUUAAGAGACAAGACGGUUCCUAGCUCUCAGGAACACGAAGGUUUGA